CUAAACACAAUUUAAUCAUUUAUAAAUACACCAUUUAUCCUCAACAUUCCAAAUCAUUUCUAUUAAUUAAUACAUUCUUCCUUUCUCCCAACUAUUCUACUAAUUUCUAAUUCCAUUAUUCUUCUUCGACAGCAGUUGCAGAGACACCCUGAUUUUGCUUCUCUCUAAUGGCGGCCAAAAUCUACAUCGUUUACUACUCAAUGUAUGGACAUGUUGAGAAGUUAGCAGAGGAGAUACUGAAAGGAGCUGCAUCUGUUGAAGGAGUUGAAGCGAAACUCUGGCAGGUUCCUGAAACACUAUCUGAGGAUGUGCUAGCAAAAAUGAGUGCACCCCCAAAAACUGAUGUCCCAAUCAUCACACCUAACGAACUUGCUGAGGCAGACGGGUUUCUUUUCGGUUUCCCAACUAGAUUUGGUAUGAUGGCUGCUCAAUUUAAAGCAUUCAUGGAUGCCACUGGAGGACUCUGGAGAACACAACAACUUGCUGGGAAACCUGCAGGCAUCUUUUACAGUACAGGAUCUCAAGGUGGUGGACAAGAAACUACCCCCUUGACAGCCAUCACCCAACUCACCCACCAUGGAAUGAUCUUUGUGCCCAUCGGCUACACAUUUGGAGCAGGUAUGUUUGAGAUGGAGAAGGUCAAAGGAGGAACACCCUAUGGGGCGGGAACUUUUGCAGGUGAUGGAUCGAGACAGCCUUCUGAGCUUGAACUCGAGCAAGCUUUCCACCAGGGCAAAUACUUCGCCAUCAUUGCAAAAAAGCUCAAGGGUUCUGCUUGAAAUACUUCAUUCUGUCUAAAAUACAACUUUUUACUAGUAGAUACCUGCAUAUUGUUUUUUGUCAUAUAAAGUAUGCUCUUCAAUUUCGUCAAUUGCUUGCUUUGUCAAAUAUGUUUGUAUUUGGAUCCUUGAUUUGUUUGAAUGUGUUGUAAGAAAUUCGCUCAGCCAAAGGUAUAUAAAUGUAUUAAAAUUCGAACUCAAUAAUUGGUGUGAUUGCCUUAAUUGGUACUCAACAAUUUCUUUGA